AUGCCCACCCCGCUCGCCGAUAGAAAAGCUUUCUUAGCCUCAGGGAAUUCUUUUUAUUCGUGCCAGUCCGAGCCAGAGAGUGGCAUUGACCGCAUUGUGCACGGAGCUAAUGCUGAGGACGGCGCGCCAGGCGACGGCUCACAGCCAGACGGGCGGCGGGACGGGCAGCGGACCAGCGGCAACGAUCCAAAGACACGACCGAGCAUUGGCGAGCGGCUAGACGAGCUACUGGACCGUCCAUUCUUCGACCCGGAGGAGCGCGGCGAGGACGAGCCGGGCCUGCUCAGGCGUUUCCGCGCAGCAUUCGACUCCGACCCCGAGUCGGCGUCCACGCUAUUUGUGGGCCUCUACUUUGCGGUGUCUGACAUCGCCCCUCUGAUUCCGCUCCUAUGUGUCACGUUGGUGCUUCUCGCGUUUGCGCAGCAGGGCGUGCGGCUCUGGAAGCACUGCUACGCGAUGCCCGACAGCCUCUGCCCGUGGGACGUCGGCCUGCCGGGCGGUGACGCGUAUACCGCCAAGGCGUUCAGCGACUUGAUGAAUUUCUAG